AAAUCAGACAAAAGAAAAACAAAAAUGGCAGCCUGUCUUAUAAGGAAGGACGCCAUAUUCUGCAGAUCCAAAUUUUAAAACCCGUUCGUAUCUACCAAAGAUUCAUUUAAUACAUAUAAUUAUAUCCGAUACACAGCCUAUGCUGUACAUGUAGGCUAUGUUUGUGUUUAACGAAGGAACGAUUGUUUACUGAAUAGCGCGUUUGAAUUGCCCGGCCCCUGCUUGAAAAAAAUGACACUUCCUACAACAAUCAUGCCUUGCAAAAUUGCACCGACGCCGAUAAGGGGAACAGUUUGGACAUGCUUUUUAGCAUCACAUCAGACAAAACUAUCUUAUUCGCUACAUUCAUGUACAAGAUAUAUCAAGACAACUGAUUCGGAAACCGCUCGCACGAUGAAUUCUAAAAUCGCAGCUACACAGUCAUUUGCAACUUUGUAACGAUUGAAAUGGGCGUCAAAAGCCCUUCACAACUAACAGAGGGGGCAACAUAUUGUUACAUUUUUGGUGGCAUUUAUAGAGAAACUGGGAUGUCAAUCACAGACCUGGUAUCCUGAUUGCUGAUUUAUUUCCCUCGCAAGCACAGCUUUAUUACAGCAAAAGCUUGAUAUUCUUUCUGUCUGUUUCAGAGUUCAGAGCUUCCGGGUCGCCUGCUGUUCACUUCUGGGUGUUGCAGCAGUUUGUAGCCCACAUCAUUUUACACUGUUCUGACUGCAUGGCAAACAUGUGAAGUCGUCGAAACACCCAGAAGCGAAUAGGCUAGCAUUUUUUCAGCAAUCUAAGAAUGAUCUGAUCGUUAUUAAAUGUUUGAAGUAUGAUUGAUGGACUGUAGUCAUACUAUGAUGAAUCUGAUCAUUUACAUCUGGAUUUUGUUCAUAUUUAAGCUUUUGCCAACUACUACUGCCCUGGAAUGUCUUGAAACACAGAAUAAAACAGUAUGUUGUAAGAAGUGUGCUGCUGGAUUCUUUGUAAAGAAACACCUAGAUGACAUUUGCCCGGGCGACAAUGUGAGUUCGGAGUGGGGAAUGGAAUGUGAGCCGUGUAGAACAUGUGACACUGGAGGUAACGAAAUUGAGGAGACCCCCUGCACACCCACUAAAGACCGUGUUUGCCGAUGUAAAGAUGGAUACUACAGCAGACUACAAUUAGACAAUCAUCUAGUUUGUCAGAAAUGUGAAAGUCAUUUAGAAUGCCCAGAACCCAAGGAGUGCAAAAAUGGCACCUAUAUGGAUGAUGCUAGGAGGUGCAUGUCUUGUCAAGAACAAAACUGUGACAAACCUCAGUGUAAAGACACUGACAUUUGUGCACCAGCCAAACUACCUGUUUUGGUCAUUGUGAUUGCACUGAUACUGCCACUGAUAGUGGGACUUUUGCUUAUCAGUAUCAGACACCUAGUUCAUUGUAGGAGACAACCUUGUUGGUCUUACAAGGGAAAAAACAUGAAUUUGUCAGAUAAACAUGAGGACACCCACAGAACCACACAGAUGUCCUAUAUAGGGACAAAGCAAGGAGAUCAGGAUCAGAUCAUGAUACCCAUUCCACAGGAAGUGAAGGUACCAGCACCAUCUGCAUCUGUCUUUGAACCCCUCGUGCAGCCUUCAGAGGAAAGCCAAAUGGACACAUACACCCAAAGUCUGAACAAAAAUGAGUGUAGGAGCCACUUUUUCUCACCCAUGCUUCUGAGCAGUCAACAUCCAGGCCCUCACUAUGAGGCUCAGGUACUUUACACCAUCAUCAGGGAAGUGCCUGUGCGACGUUGGAAAGAGUUCCUCCGCUUGCUCUCGGUUUCCGACGAGGAGAUGGAGCGUGUGGAGAUGGAGACUGGGGCCUCUUAUCUGGAACGCCAGUAUCAGAUGCUACGUCUGUGGAGUCAGGCAAGCAAUGGAAAUCUGGAGAGUCUCUACUCUACUUUACACUCCAUGGACCUUUCAGGUUGUGCAGACAAAUUACAGGACAAACUACAGAGGAUUUUAUACACCACCACAAAGCCAACUGGAUAACUGCAAUAGGCUAAUGAGACAUUAAUGUACAGACUUACAGUUUUUUGUUGCGUCUGGUUAUUCUCAAAUAUGUAAUACAUAUUGUAUAAUUAUUUCAAGCACAUUAUAGGUUUAUUGUAUAAUUAUGUCAAGCACAUUAUAAGCUUCUACUGGAUAGGCCAGGCCUACUGUACUGAUCUCAUGUGUUGCUUCAAGGAAGUUUUGAUUUUGAAUUUUG